UAUAAGAGUUUGGCUGCUCAAACCAACUUCUCUUCUCUCCUACAAAAAAAAAAAACUUUCUUGUUUCUCUUUGACAUAAACAAAAAACUCUUUCUGUAUCUCCCCUCUCUUCAUCUUCAACACCCAUGGAUUACGAGGCAUCAAGAAUUUGUGAGAUCGUAGAAGAUUCAGAGCAGAUUGAUUUGCUACCUGGAUUCAGAUUUCACCCAACAGAUGAAGAACUCAUAAGCCACUACCUGAGACCGAAGGUUCUAAACACCCUCUUCUCCGCUAUAGCCAUUGGUGAAGUCGAUCUCAACAAGGUUGAGCCUUGGGACUUGCCAUGGAAGGCUAAGAUUGGCGAAAAAGAGUGGUACUUCUUCUGCGUGAGAGAUCGGAAAUACCCAACCGGUUUAAGGACGAACCGGGCUACCAAGGCCGGUUAUUGGAAAGCUACAGGGAAAGACAAAGAGAUCUUCAAAGAAAAAGCUCUUGUUGGUAUGAAGAAAACUUUGGUUUUCUACGAAGGAAGAGCUCCUAAGGGAGCAAAAACAAACUGGGUCAUGCACGAGUAUCGCUUAGAAGGCAUAUAUUCAACCGACAAUCUUCCUAAAACCGCUAAGAACGAGUGGGUUAUUAGUAGGGUUUUUCAGAAAGGUGCAGACGGUAAGAAGAUGCAUCUCUACCAGGGGCUCGGUUCAGGGAUUAACCAAGUCGAACGGGCUGGUUUACCUCCGCUGAUGGACUCCUCUUUCGCUGGAUCGUUGUCUAACGUGACCUGCUUCUCCGACCAAACAACCGUUGAGGACAAGAGCCACAUCUCCGAGUUAAAAGAUGAAUGUAACCUUACCAUGUUAGGUUCUUCAUCGACUGACUUGAUAUCGAACAUUGGUUCUCUGCUAUACACUGAUCCUCUGUUUAUGCAAGAUAAUUCUUCAAUAGUGAAGAUGUUGCUUGACGAUGAAGAAACCAAGUUUAAGAAGAGUAUCCAGGAGUUCGGUACUGUUGAAAACGAAUUAACUUGGCACGGUCAACAUCUUUCUGGUUCAACCGGUGGUCCGGUUGAGGUCGAUUGCUAUUGGAAUUUCUGAAUUUGGGGCCUGGAACUGAUCGGAAAUUGGGGUGUAUAUAUGGGUUAAAACAAACAAUUAGGAGGUAUUUUAGGGUUUAUAAGUGUUAUAUGCGUUUGCUCUAUAUUCUAGACUAGGACUAUAGGAUACGCAAAGACAUUGAAAGACUAUUUGUAAAAUUUUGUAAAAAAGGAUCAACUUGUGAAAAUCGAUUAUCUUGCCAUUUGUAAUCCAUUGAUAAUUGUCAUAAUAAUACUGUAACUUUAGGGUAUGGAGUAUUGAUUCAUCUUGUGGCAA